GGACGUGAUUGGCAAAGACAUUAUUCUAUCCUUGGUACCCUGCCGUUCCGGGAUUACAGUGACGUCACGCUGAUACCCUUGCAUGGACGAAUGCUAAAGAACUAUGGAGCCACAAAUAAUAGCACAAGCAGAGUCCAUAUCUUGCAAGUCUUACGUUAUCCUUUAAGCCUCCUUCAGCUAACACAACAACAACAAUUUUUUUUUUUUUUGCACUUAAUGACGCUUAAUUUCAUUUCUUUAUCGGGUCCUUUGGGGGGGAUUAUUCAUUCAUAUAAAACAAUCUGCAGCUGGUGCCAGCCCAAAAGUCUCCCUCCUGUGAGUGAAGUCAUCUAUUAUUGAGCGAAAGGCCGUGCGUGGAAAUGUGUGUAAGACGGUGGAUUUGAAGUAGAAUUGGUUGCAAUCGAUCAAGGGUGAAGAAUAUUGCUGAUGGUAACAAAAGAAGCAGCUAUGUCUUUCUCGCAAUUUGGAUACCCAUACAAUGCAACUUCACAGCGCACCAGCCACAUUCAUUACAGCGCUUGUCACAGACAUCCAGAUAUAGGAGCCGGCACAGCCAAUGACCAUGUCUGUCCACGAUUCUCUUCAUGCAGUUUUUCGUGUCGGCAAACCCCAGUACGACUUGCUGCGAUUCGAUUUCCAGGUCGGUGUCUGACGGGACGGCGGGAGGCUCCCAGACCGCCGCUGCCGCCGCCGCCGCCGCCGCCUCCUUCUGCUGCCCGUCCUACGAGAACCGGCUCCUGGCGAGCAGCCGGACGGAGCUGAACGCGGCGCUGGGGAUGUACGGCUCCCCUUACGCCGCCGCGGCCGCCGCCAGCCAGAACUACGCCAACUACUUCCCCUACAGCACCGACCCAUCCGCCAUCUACUCCUCUCUGAAUCCACAGUAUGACAUCAAGGACAGCACAGCCACUUUACACUCUGGCAUCACUCAGACUGCUGCAUACUACCCUUAUGAUCCUUCACUGGGACAGUAUCAAUACGACAGGUACGGGACAGUAGACUUUAAUGGCACGGCCAGACGGAAGAACGCAACUCGCGAAACCACCAGCACCCUGAAAACAUGGCUGUAUGAGCACCGCAAGAACCCCUACCCCACGAAGGGAGAGAAGAUCAUGCUGGCCAUCAUCACCAAGAUGACCCUCACCCAGGUGUCCACCUGGUUCGCCAACGCCAGGAGGAGGCUAAAGAAGGAGAACAAGAUGACCUGGUCACCAAAGAAUAAGGCCAGUGAUGACAGGAAGGACGACCUGAAAAGCGACCAAGACUGCGUCACCAAAGAUUCUAGUGAUUGCAAGGAUGAAAAGGAUCUGCAUCUGAGUGAUCUGGACGACAUGGACGGAGAUGACUGUGACAAGCUGGACAGUGACUCUGAAAAGGGAGCUGCAGACGAGCAGGACCUCCAAAGGGCCAUGGCAGUAUCCGGAGUCCCUCAAAAAAGAGACUGCAGCUCUGAGCUGCAAUUGAGUUUAGCCAACAGCUUCCACGCAUUCCCCUGUGCCAUUAAAGGCCUCACCACUCUUCCUCCUCUCCCAUCCGACUUCCUGGAUCCUGUGGAGUCCAAGGCACCCUCCUCGACCGGCCCCACGGCAGGAACUCUCUCCCUGUCCCACUUUGAAGCAUCGGACAAGCCGCGGAUCUGGUCUCUGGCUCGCACGGCGGCCUCAGGGGUCAUACUGAGCCCUCAGCAGCACGGCUCUGAGCUGAGGACAGGCAGCUCAAUCGGGGACUGCCAGCUCCAGAGCAACAGGCUUAGCGGGGCUCCGAUGGGACAGUGUGGGGGUAUGAGAGGCCUCCAUGAAGCCAUCAGCGUCACCAAUGCUGAGAGCCCCUUCUCUGAGGGCUCAUCCUUGCACUCGAAAGUCUACGGCACUGGCAGCUACAGUCACAAGGGCCUCCAACUGCACUGCUCAUCCUAUGCUGCACUCCAAGACACAUGUCAAUACUCCUCCAUUGAAGGAUUCUCUGGUGGCAAAGCAGAGACGCAGUCGUCGGACCUCAGCGAAGCCUGCGGGACCGUGCAGGAUGACAAGGUCACUGCAUUCAGGACGGUAAUGAAGAGGUGAAGCAGAUCUCUGGAAACUGCACCACCAUAAAUAAAGGGACAUUUAUUAUGCACUAAAGGACACACUGGUAGAGCCUCAGUAGGACGCAUGGGAGCAACCUGGCGCCGCUGCAGUGAGAGCUGUCAAACUGUGGACGUGGCCAUCAUUUUGCACAACAUUGUUUUCUAUGGUGUUCAAAGACUUUAUGCAAAAAAAAUUCUACAUGCAAAGGUAUGAAACUGGCCAAGUGAAAACGGCCGAAUUUGUGUAUGGCAAUCGUGUAGUGUAGCAAAACGUAUUUAUUUCUCUGUGUUUCUCUGUAUUUAUUCUUUUUUUUGUCAUGUUGUCUGUUUGUCUGUUAAUUAUUUAAAUGUGUUUAUCGGUUGGAUUCCUUUAAGUAUUUGUGUUAUAUGUUCAACUGUGGCUUCGUGUCAUUUUGCCUGAUGUAAAGCUGACUUUAAAAGGACUGGGUCCCCCUGUGACUUUUGGAGAUUUGUUUUGUCAUUGUGUUAAAAAUGUGAGCUUCUCCUGUGUUUUACCGUGAAUGAUUUUUUUCUAACAAUACAACUUUUUUCCAAGA